ACCUAACUAAAAUAGCAAGUGGCAACAUUGCGAGACAGCCAUGUUCUUUUCGUUUCUGACGUUUUGCUGACUCGCGUGUCUCCUCUAGAUAAACAAAAUGCAGAACGACGCUGGUGAAUUCGUUGACUUGUACUGCCCGAGGAAAUGCUCGGCCAGCAACCGCCUUAUCCAUGCUAAGGACCACGCAUCAGUUCAGCUCGUGAUCGCUGAUGUAGAUCCAGCUACCGGCCGAGCGGCCGACUCCAGCAAGAUGUACGUCAUCUGCGGAGCCAUCAGACGCAUGGGAGAGUCCGACGAUUGCAUCGUUCGGUUGACUAAGAAAGAUGGUAUCUUGACUAAGAACUACUGAUGUUGAGGUGUAAGAAACAUAUUUUAUAAGAAAAAAAAAUAAAUAAAAAUCCACAAAAAUUAAA